AUGACUUCCGUAAGAAAGAGAAAGAUGAACCGUUCUUCUGUGAAGAAGAAUACCAGAAGAACCAAGGAUAAACAAAGAGAUAUAAAUAUUCAUUCCAAUCCAAUUAUAGCUGCUAAUUGGGAUAAAUCAUUAACUUUACAACAAAAUUAUAAAAGAUUAGGGUUAACAUCUAAAUUAGGUACUUCUGCUGGUGGUCAAGAAAGAAAGAUAGAGACUUUGACUGAAUAUAGAACUAAACAUAAUAAUAAUAAAGUUUCAGUUGAUGAAAUUUCUAAUACUGAUGAUCCAAGUAAAAUUCCAGAAGGUGAAGCUAGAUUAAUUAGAAAUCCUGAAACUAAUGAAGUGGUUAAAGUUAUCUAUGGUACUAUGAAAGUUUCUAAUGAAGAUUCAUCUGAAGCUAAUUCAACAUCAAUUAUAAAACAAUUAGAAGAACAUGCUGAAAAAUAUGCUCAAGUUAAGAAAGAAAGAACUGCUUCUGAAAGAGAAAAUGAUUGGUUAAAAUCAUUAUUUGAAAAACAUGGUGAUGAUUAUGAAAAAAUGAAAUGGGAUAAGAAAUUAAACAUUUAUCAACAAAGUACUGGUGAUUUAAGAAGAAGAAUAACAAAAUGGAAAAAAUUAAAUAACCUCAGUUAA